AGUGGGCUGAGGUGUCUGCUAAAUUAGGACCAGCUCUACAAGUUGGAGAAGGCCUCGUCUGGAAGAAUGGUGAGGCCAAAUCCGGCAGUAAUUCCAAACAUGCAGCCCAUUCUAACCCUAACAUCAACCAAAAGCCAACUCCUAGAGAUGAAUUUGAUGAACCUGAGUUUGAACAGCCGGUUAUGUCUCAUGGAAAAUCAUUACCUAUGGUGUUAACAAAUACUACAAAGCCUGGGGGUGUUGCUCAAGCCCAAUCUUCCCAGGGUAUUAACAUUGACAGUGCACCAGCCCCACCUAGUCAUGACCCUGAGGAGGCAAAUACACAGAAUAAAGACAGAAGUAAAGUUGCAUUGACAUCAUGAGUUGUGUGUGAUGGAUAAUAUUACAAUGUACAUAUGACAUGUAUUGUUUUGCUAGUGACGUCAACUGAGAAAUGUAGGGACAUUUACUGGUAGUGACAUCAACUGAGAAAUGUAGUUGUGACAUAGCUGUAUUGCUUUGGUGUUCCCUUAGGAAAAAAGUUAUGUGUAUUACCCAUAGUGUUAUCCAUAAUAAUGGUAAUUCAUUAGGUCAUUUAUGGUUUAUAUAUCCAUAACCCAUAGUGUUACCCAUAGUGUUACCCAUAAGCGAUAGUUAUGGUUAAAACCUACAUGUUAUAACAAUGAUAUACUCAUAAUUUAACAUAGGUAAAGGUUAUGGGCUAAACAUGGUUAGUGACUAUGUGUGAAUUAUGUGUUAC